UCUCUCUCCCCCUUCGAGUUCUCUCACCAGGGGGGUUUCUAGGGUUCAUGAUUUCACUUACAGGUCCGCAAUUUUGCGUUAAUUGCAAAGAACUCCGAUUUUCUUAUAUAUUUACUUUUCGGUCCCAAAUUAUUAUUAGGUUUCGGUUUUGCACCCCGACUAAUUUCUGUAUUAUGUUUAAGCCCCUAUAGUUUGUUUGAUUAGGUCAGAAACACCCUAUAGUUUUUAGUUUACGAAAUUGGUCAUUUUUACUAGCAUGAUCUGUAAUAUGUUUACUUGUUUGCAAAACAUUCUCGCUUCAUCACAAAAAAAAUACAUUCCCAUAAUUACGAAAGAUAAGAAAUAUAGAGAAAUUGUGUUAUGGACUUAUGAUGGUGUUUAAUCUGUUGAUUGACCAUAUAAUAACAAAUUCAUUAGUAAACUUUUUGGGUAAAAUUUCUGAUGACAGUCAACUUAAUCCGUUUUCCAAGGGUUAAAAUAGAGGCAUAGAGUAAUUGAAGGACGGUCAAGUAAUUGUAAACACCUAUCAACUGAUUCCAACCAAAUGUAAACUAAUUAGUUUUUUUUUUUAUAUUUCUAAAUUACUUCUGAAAUUAUAUAUUCUUGAUUUAGAAAGCAUUUUCAGUUUCUUUCUUUAACAUAACGUUUCUUUUUCUUAAGCUUAUCCUCACCAUCACGCUUGAAGAAUGCUCAUGAUCAUCGAAUCAAGAAGAAGAAGAUGGAUCCAAAGUUGUUGUUUUGCUUACCUCAAGGAGAUGAACUCUUUAAUCCCCUUAAUACCAUGUUUAUUCAAAUGGCUUGCAUUCUCGUCUUCUCUCAAUUGUUCUAUCUCCUUCUUAAACCCUGUGGCCAAGCUGGUCCCGUUGCCCAGAUUCUUGCUGGGAUUGUGUUGAGUCCUGUUCUGCUCUCAAGAAUAUCUAAAGUUAAGGAAUUUUUCCUCCAGAAAAACGCAGCAGAUUAUUACUCUUUCUUCUCGUUCGCUCUACGGACAUCUUUCAUGUUCUUGAUUGGUCUUGAAGUGGAUCUACAUUUCAUGAGAAGGAAUUUCAAGAAAGCUGCCGUGAUAACCUUGAGCUCAUUCUUGGUUUGCGCCCUCCUCAGUUUCGCUUCCUUAAUGUUAUUCAUCCCUUUGUUUGGGAUCAAAGAAGACUACUUUACGUUUUUCUUGGUUCUUCUCGUUACCUUGACUAACACGGCAUCUCCUGUCGUAGUCCGUUCAAUCGCUGAUUGGAAACUCAACACAUCUGAGAUCGGACGACUGACAAUCUCAUGUGCGUUGUUCAUCGAAUUAUCAAACGUGGUUCUCUACACUGUAAUCAUCGCGUUCAUCUCUGGAUCUAUGAUAGGUACUCUCUUCCUCUUUCUUUUCGCAACCGGAUCCCUAAUCUUGAUCAACAGUUUCUUAGCUCCAUGGCUUCCAAAGAGGAACCCUAAAGAGAAGUACCUCUCAAAGGCUGAAACUCUAGUUUUCUUCAUCUUCCUUCUCAUCAUCGGUAUAACUAUCGAAUCCUACGAUGUCAAUUCCUCGGUUUCGGUUUUCACCAUUGGAAUAAUGUUUCCACGACAAGGAAAGACUCACAGAACGUUGAUUCAACGGCUUAGUUAUCCGAUCCACGAGUUUGUUCUUCCCGUUUACUUUGGUUACAUUGGAUUCAGAUUCAGCAUCAUCGCGUUAACCAAACGAUUUUACCUCGGUCUAGUUAUUAUAGUAAUUGUAACCAUAGUUGGGAAAUUUAUUGGUGUAAUAAGCGCUUGUAUGUACCUGAAGAUCCCUAAGAAGUAUUGGCUUUUCUUACCCACCAUUCUCUCUGUUAAAGGCCAUGUGGGUCUUCUUCUUCUAGACUCAAACUACUCCGAAAAGAAAUGGUGGACCACAACUAUUCAUGAUAUGAUGGUGGCUGCUUUGGUGAUCACGACGCUAGUAAGCGGUGUUCUGGCGUCGUUCUUGCUUAAAGCAAGAGAGAAGGACUUUGCUUACGAGAAGACUUCGCUUGAAUCUCACAACACGAACGAGGAAUUACGCGUUUUAUCAUCCGCCUAUGGAGUCCGUCAUGCUCGCGGUGCGAUCUCUCUUGUCUCGGCCUUGAGCGGUUCUCGUGGAGCCUCUGAUCCGUUCACACCUCUGCUUAUGCACCUUGUACCCCUCCCCAAGAAACGAAAAUCGGAAUUGAUGUAUCAUGAACACGACGAAGAUGGAGGCAAUGCGAAUGGAGAUGACGAAUUUGGGACCAACGAAGGUUUAGAGAUCAACGAUUCGAUUGAUUCGUUUGCCAAAGACAGCAAAAUCUUGAUCCAACAAGUGAAACUCGUGACGCAGAUGCUUAAUAUGCACGAAGAGAUAUGUAACGCAACAGAGGAUCUUCGAGUUUCGAUUGUAUUUCUUCCGUUUCAUAAACACCAGAGAAUCGAUGGGAAGACUACAAACGAUGGGGAACUUUUCAGACAGAUGAACCGUAAUGUUCUAAGGCACGCUCCGUGUUCGAUUGGUAUUUUUGUGGACCGAAACAUAACCGGAUUUCAGCAGCCGCACGGGUUUGAUUCUGUACAACACGUCGCAGCAUUGUUCUUUGGUGGUCCGGAUGAUCGUGAGGCUCUUGCUCUGUGCAAGUGGCUCGCGAACAACACUCUGAUUCAUCUCACAGUUAUACAGUUCGUAUCCGAGGAAUCAAAGGCAGAGACUCCUGUUGGAAAUGCGAUGACACGAGAUAAUAACGAGGUUUUCAUGGAAGUUCUGGGAAGGAAUCAAACUGAACAAGAAACAGAUCGGAGCUUCUUAGAAGAAUUCUAUAACAGAUUUGUAACGACGGGACAAGUGGGGUUCAUAGAGAAGCUUGUGAGCAAUGGACCGCACACGCUGACGAUUCUAAGAGAGAUUGGAGAGAUGUAUUCACUGUUUGUGGUCGGAAAGAGCAGAGGAGAUUGCCCUAUGACGGUGAGAAUGAAAGAUUGGGAAGAGUGUCCGGAGCUCGGAACUGUCGGUGAUUUCUUGGCUUCGUCUUUAGAUGUAAAUGCGUCAGUAUUAGUAGUUCAAAGACAAAGACAUUCACAUGAUAGCUUUAUAGAUGAUUAGCAAACGUUUCCUAGUUUAUGC